CAGGCGUUUUUUUUUUUUUUUUUAUUGUGGACUUUUAAAAUGUAGUCCACCUUCGCUGGACAGCAAAACAAAGACUGCAUAUUAACAGUUCAGGGUAAAUACAUCGCCUUUUAUUUUUUUGGGGACUGAAAGAUGGGAGAGAGAGACGUAUCGAGGCUGUUGUCUGUGUGGACUAAUUGUGCUGGUGCCACUAGCCAAUAUACAUGCCAAGACGAUUCAUUUAGGGGAUGCGCGAUCUUUUUUUCCCCCUUCUCUCUAACGUUUGUGGGUGGGUUAUUAUAAGCAUUGGAAAUCUGACAUCAUUUGGAUAUAUGUGAACAGAACCAGAUAUGUUUUUUUAUCGCGUCUGUUUCUAGCCUUCUGGAAAUCUAUCUUCGACGUGAUGCAACAUAAAAUCUGUUAUUUUUUCUCGGAUGAUAUUCAGACACAAAUGAACACAUCCCUCUGUAUGAGACUGUAAAAGGGUGGCGGUGGAUGCUUUUAUUUUUUAUACAUAUCUCUUAAAUGUGGCAGAGUCCUCACCCUGGAUUGCUUGAUCAGCUGUUGAUAAUUUUUUAGGUAGCCUCUGCCGUCUUGUGUUUAUUAGGCUAUAUGUUGCUGAAUUCGAUUUCCUCGCGAUGGAUUUAUGCAUAACAGGUGUUGUUUGAGCCCGAGGAGCACAGCACGAGCAUGAGGCUUUAUUAUGUGUUUUUCUCUCGAUUUAACAAACGGUGAAACAAAGCGACUGGGAUCAUUUUGGGGUUUUUGCCUUGAGAGAAGAACAGAUCCAAAAAAGAUGAGGGGAUGAAAGGUGGCGAGGUUGUGGACAAAGAGGAAAGAUGAAUCUGUCAUGUAGAAAAGAUCCUUACGGCCUCUCCUUGUAAAGACGAGAGGGCCGUGGGAGACGACGGCUGUAGCAAGAUCAGUAGUGCUUAUAAAAGGGCCGGGCCGAACCAGGCGGGCUCUCGUGGAAGGUAAUAGAAUGGCUAACCAGAGCUUUGCCAUCGAUGGCCCUGGCAGUUUGCUGGCUGUGCUGGCUUCGCAGAGUGGAAUGGCAAGAGGCGGCAGCAGCAGCAGCAGCAGCAGCAGCAGCAGUGACGGCAGCGGCAACAGUGGAGGAAUCUCUGCCACAGAUGUGUCUGCCUACUUUAAGCUGGUCUUCUUGGGUUUGAUCAUCUGCGUGAGCCUCGUCGGCAACCUCUUGGUGUCCCUGCUGGUUCUACGAGACAGGACACUUCACAAGGCCUCCUACUUCUUUCUCCUGGACCUGUGCCUGGCAGAUGCAGUCCGCUCGGCCGCCUGCUUCCCCUUUGUGCUGGUUUCCAUCCACAACAGCUCGGUCUGGACUUACAGUGCCUUGAGUUGUAAAGUUGUGGCUUUCAUGGCUGUGCUGUUUUGUUUUCACGCUGCCUUCAUGCUGUUUUGCGUGGCUGUCACCCGCUACCUUGCCAUCGCCCACCACCGAUUCUACGCCAAGCGCAUGACCAUCUGGACCUGCGCCGCCAUCAUUUGCAUGGUGUGGACUCUGGCCGUCGCCAUGGCGUUCCCACCUGUCUUCGAUGUGGGGACAUACAAGUUCAUCCGUGAUGAGGAUCAGUGCAUUUUUGAACACCGCUACCUGAAGACCAACGACACCUUGGGCUUCAUGCUCAUGCUGGCCGUGGUGGUCCUGGCCACGCACGGCUUCUACGCCAAGCUGCUGCUGUUUGAGUACCGUCACCGCAAGAUGAAACCUGUCCAGCUCGUGCCAGCGAUCAGCCAGAACUGGACCUUCCACGGUCCUGGGGCCACAGGUCAGGCUGCAGCUAACUGGAUUGCAGGGUUCGGUCGUGGCCCCAUGCCACCCACUCUGUUGGGCAUCAGGCAAAAUUUACACAAUCAACACCGGCGGCUGCUCGGGAUGGAAGAGGUGAGGUCAGAGAGGAGGCUGGGCAGGAUGUUCUACACCAUCACCCUGCUCUUCCUGGUCCUCUGGGCUCCUUACAUCGUGGCGUGCUUCUGGAGGGUGUUUGUCAAGUCCUGCAGCAUCCCUCACCGGUACCUCUCCAUCACUGUGUGGAUGAGCUUUGCCCAAGCCGGAGUCAACCCCAUCUUUUGUCUCCUGCUCAACGAGGACCUGAGGAAAGUGCUGAGAGCUCACCUGCCCACCUACUGGAGGACUAAACAACACCUUCCCCAGGAUGAGGCCUACUGCAUCAUGUGAUAAGAUAUAUGAGCAUAAUGAAGGGAAUGUUUUAAAGGGAGAAUUUGGAGAGAAGGGAUGUAACGCACCUUGGUUAAGUGUCUGUUUUGUUGUUUUGCACAACAAAAUCAAUUUUUCGCCAAACAAAUGCAGGCAGAGCUUAUUAAGAAUGUUGAUAUUUGAAUACAUGUGUCGGGUGCAGAGGUAUGAACAGGGCAGUAGAAAAGCCCUGGUAACACUUUAAUGGUUUGUAUUUCUGAUGAUGUACUGUAUGAUUAAUAAAUAGGAAAAAUCACAACUAUCACCGCUCCAACUCCAACAAAGUGUGACAGAUGCCAUUUUUAAAAUAAUGUUGCCUUAUUUCAAUGGGACACGCCCCAGAGCUUUCAACUGAGAAUGAGUUCCUGUGUCACAUGAGGCACAAAACAGACACACAGAGGGUUGAAAUCCUUGAAAAAAAUGCGCUGCGGAAUGUGAAAAGAAAGUGUUGAUCAGAGCGUUACUAACUCUGAAACACAUCAAGGAACUUACAGGGUCUGAAUGGAUUGAUAGACCACCCCGGACGCCUUUUCAUGUAAUUCAAAGGAGACUGCAGAAUAUCGAAUGGACCCAAUAACCUUGGAUACAUUUAAAUAGCUGUUGUGAACCCGAGAAGCCCCUAACAUGCUUGAUUUUUUGGACUUGAUUUAGGGCGUGUCAGGUUUCUUUGUAUCAUAAAAAAUUGCCUGUUUUCCUUCAUUUGUAAACUAUACAUGUUAAGCAGAUGACACUAUUUUGAAAUAUGACUUGAUUUCAUAUUGUACAGACUGUACAGGAAUGUAUAUUCCUGCUUGUGUGUUUUUAUAUAGCAUUCAUGUGUGUGUGUGUGUGUGUGUGUG